GUUCACUCUUUCUGGCACGAGCUCGUGCGUUGGUGUCUGCAUGUGGCUGCGCGGCGCGAGGCUUUUUUUCUAUUAUUAUUUCCGGAUAUUCUGGAGUGAAAAAUACCCACAAUUUGUCUCCUUUUCACGAAAGCUUGAAAGGCAGACAUGGAAGUAGUACUGCGUUUGCAGGGUCUGAAUAUUGAAGCAGGACCUGAAGACAUUCGCAGGUUUUUUCACGGUUUACCCAUUCCUGAAGGAGGUGUCCAUAUCACCGGCGGCAAGCUGGGGGAAGCCUUUAUCAUAUUCAAUACAGAGCGAGCUGGACAACUGGCCAUGCUGUGUUCAGGGAAACGCCUCAAAGGAUCGCAGGUUACGCUACAUAAAAGCAGCAUGGCCGAGUUCAAGCACGAAAUGGAGUUGAGGCUGAGGAAAAGGAAGUGUACCCCACGAGAAAGCGAACCUCUGCCUCAGACGACAAACCCAACCGAACUUUGCACCACUCUGUUGCUCGGGAUAGUGGCCGCCGUCCAAGGAUUGCAAUCCAACAUCCAAAUGAACACGGUCCAGGCAUCAGUAAGUCCCCCUCGAUUAACAAACGUACCCAAACCGGAUAAGAACAACAUGGAGAGAAAGAUUCUAGUUGAAGACCAUGUGAGACCUCCUAACAACGAUCUAAAGAUGACCGAACAGACAAGACAUCACGUGGAGGAGCAGCAAGAGAGAGAAAAAGAGGUCGACGUGUGCAAACCGGGGUAUCUUCGGCUUUACGGGCUUCCGAAUUCGAUCACCAAGGAAGAAGUCUGCAUGUUCCUGGAUGGACUCAAUGUGGUGGAUGUUGUAACAAAUACUUUACCAGGGGAGGACCAGUGUUGUCUAGUGAAGAUGGCUACUUUUAAAGAGGCAGAGGAAGGUCUGAAAUACAGCUAUAACAGCCAAAGCGGCCACAUCGAGGUCAGACUGGCCCAUGAGAGAAUGUGGGAAAACGCCACGGAGCAUCGCAAGCGUACCCGAUGCUCCACGUCCUCGGAGAAGGAUAAUUUCUCUCAAGAUGUCUGUCUGCACCGAAAUUUCCCACCUAAAAGGCCCAAAUGGCAGCAUUCGAACUCUCCACCUUUCAAUACAGAAUACUGCGUCAUGGUGAAGAACCUUCCUAAUACGAUUACAAAGACCGAGAUCAGGAACCUGUUCUCAUGUCCCCACAUACCGAACAAUAACAUCCAGCAUCUAUUGAACAAGCAUAGGGAGCGUACAUCUACGGUCUUUAUAAUAUACACACAGCCAGAGGAAUAUACCAAAGCCAUGAACAUGGACGGGAGCGUCUUCGACUCAAGAACAAUUGACGUCUCCUCCGUCACAAAGGAAAAAAUGUGGGCCCUGAUGCAUCAAAGCAGACGCACAGAUUCAGAAAGGUCACGGUCUUGCAUCUACGCGCGGAAUUUCCCCGCCUCCGCGGGCAAAACGGAAGUGAAAGAGUUUUUCGGCGCGUGUAACAUCAGCGAAGACGACAUCGAGAUGCUCGUGGAUGAAAACGGCAACGGAAUCGGCGAGGCCGUGGUUCGGUUUGGAUGCGACGAUCGCGCCAGAGAGGCUCGUCGUCUACAGCGAAAGAUCUUCAGACAAGAACCAAUUCUGCUCAGCUACAUUUCACCACAGCAAAGGAAGGAGCUCUUACACAGGACGCGCCAUUUCUAAAGCAUACGACACAAGAUAAGGAUGGUGGAAAUCCUUCAGUCGUUCCAUUUGACAUAAUGUACACAGGACUCAAAAGUUUUACCUUAAAUGUCUAUACUAUAUGACUAUAAGUCACAUGGUACAUGUGAAUCUAAUGAUUACUGGCAUUACUCAUAAUGUGACCUUUCACAACUGCUGUAGAAAAGGGAUUCAAUUUACUCAUAUAUUACAGUUUAAACAAAAAACAAAGGGUCAGGCGCCUAUGAGAGUACUAAGGAGCCUGGUCAUUACUCAAUCAUCUAAUGUUAAUCCUGGUUUCACCUGUAAAUUGUACAAAUGUAAAUAAAUACAAAAAUCAUA